AUGACAUUGAAAGAAAGGACUGGAUCUAGUCAAUACGCGAUCACAAAGUUCAUAGAAGAGAAGCAUAAUAAAUUAACUCUGAAUUUUAGAAAGCUGUUAUUAUUUCAUUUAAAGAAGCUCACAGCCUCUUGUAAGGUAGUCAAAAUAAAAAAUUCAUUCAAGCUGCCAUUUGCCCGCUCUGCUCCGGCUAAGAAACCAGCUACCGAUGCCAACCCUAAAAUAUCCACCACUAAAGUAAAAGCUGCCACAAAAGUUGCAGCCGCUAAGCCAAAAGCUAAAGUCGCUGCAGCAAAACUAAAGCCAAAGCCAAGAACUGCAGGAAAGACAAAGUCGAAAACAGUUACUAAGCCGAAGCCAAAGACUGCGGCAAAGCCAGCUAAAGCUACAGCAAAGGGAACAGUAAAAUCAAAGACAACGAAGGUUGCUCCAAUUAAGAGCGUGAAAAAGUCGAAGAGUGUUAGAUCGCCGACUAAGAGGAAGGCUUUAGGGAAGUGA